AUUACUCAAACAGAAGGAGAACUCGCAUAGGAGAAGUUAGUCAAAAUCUCAGUCUUUUCCUCUGGGUAACCGAUGGAGAAGAAUAAUGUUGGAGAACCAGCAUCAACUGAUGAUAAGCCUGCAGCAAUCAACUACAGAGGAGUUAAAGCCAUGCCCUUCAUAAUUGGAAAUGAGACCUUUGAGAAGAUAGGCACCAUUGGCACUCUGUCAAAUCUAAUGGUGUAUCUUAGCACUGUGUUCAACAUGAAGAACAUCACUGCUGCAACUCUUAUCAAUGUCUUCAAUGGAACCUCUAACAUGGCUCCUUUGCUCGGUGCCUUCCUCUCUGACUCCUACUUUGGUCGUUACAAGACGCUGGCCUUUGCUUCUAUAUCCUCUCUCUUGGGAAUGGCUGUUUUGACUCUCACUGCUGCAAUCUCCAAACUACACCCUCCAACAUGUUCAGAGAUUGGAAAAUGUACUGAACCCACAACCUGGCAGCUGGCCUUCCUAUUCAGUGGAUUUGGGUUCCUGGUCCUUGGAGCUGGAGGCAUCCGGCCCUGCAACCUAGCCUUUGGGGCUGAUCAAUUUGAUCCCAACACUGAAUCCGGUCAGAAGGGCAUAAACAGCUUCUUCAAUUGGUACUACUUCACCUUUACAUUCGCCGUGAUGGUUUCUGUUACCCUCAUAGUCUAUAUCCAAUCCAGCGUAAGUUGGGCAAUUGGGCUUGCGAUCCCCACAAGCUUGAUGUUUUUUUCAUGCAUAGUUUUCUUUCUGGGGUCAAAAAUGUAUGUCAAAGUGAAGCCUGAGGGUAGCCCUUUAACAAGGGUGGCUCGAGUACUGAUGGCUGCCAGAAGGAAGCGACACCUGAAUCUGCCAGAGCAACCAAGUCUCUGCCUUUUCAACUAUAUGCCCACCAAUUCUAUCAACUCCAAGCUUCCGUACACCGACAACUUCAAGUUUCUUGACAAGUCAGCAAUCAUAACAACUGAAGACCAAAUCAAUCUUGAUGGAUCAGCAGCAGAUCCAUGGAGACUUUGCAGCAUGCAACAGGUAGAAGAAGUAAAAUGCGUGGUUAGGGUGAUCCCCAUCUGGGGCUCAGCAAUCAUCUACCAUGUAGCAAUGGUCCAACAACAGACUUAUGCAGUCCUCCAAGCCCUCCAGUCCGAUCGAAGGCUCGGCAGCAGCGGCGUCAAGAUACCAGCCGCCUCCUAUACCGUAUUCAUCAUGCUGAGUCUCACACUCUGGAUCCCCAUAUACGAUCGGCUCGUCGUCCCUUCUCUCCGGAGGCUCACCGGGAAACAAGGUGGGAUGACCCUGCUUCAAAGAAUGGGAAUUGGGAUCGUUCUAUCGAUUCUCACCAUGCUUGUUUCCGGGUUGAUCGAGGAGAAAAGAAGGAACCUGGCUCUCACAAAGCCAACCGUCGGAAUUUCACCAAAGGGAGGCGCUAUAUCAUCCAUGUCCGGUCUAUGGCUAAUCCCUCAGCUAGUUCUCACCGGACUCUGUGAGGGUUUCAACAGCAUUGGCCAGAUCGAAUUUUACUACAAACAGUUCCCAGAAAACAUGAGGAGCGUCGCUGGUUCUUUCUUCUUCUGUGGGGCUGCUGGUUCUAGUUACCUGAGUGGACUUCUGAUUUCCACUGUCCACCAUUUUACUUCAAGAACUCAAACGGGGGAUUGGUUACCGGAGGAUCUUAACAGAGGGAAACUUGAUUAUUUCUAUUACAUGAUUGCUGCUUUAGGAUUCCUGAACUUUGGUUAUUUCUUGGUCUGUGCUCAGUGGUACAGAUACAAAGGUGAAGGUGUGAAAGUGCCAUUGAAUUGAAGAACACUGCAGCAGAAAAAGGAAAGCAUUUUGUCUGAAUUGAACUACAAAAAGUGAAAAUUAGGAAGAACUACGCCGCCAAAGACUAGAAGUAUUGUCUGAUUAACAAUUAUGUGAGUGAAUAAAACUAGUCAGCCUUU